UUAAAUAUCUAUUUCUUAUUUUCUAUAUUUCGAUCUCCAAAAUUCCCCGACAACCGCUGACAACAUAACAAUGCGUCACAUGAUUGUACGUAAGCGCCAGCGGUUGAAGUAAACACACAACAAGAUGGCAUCGCACCGGGGAGGAGGCGAUAAAGGCAAUACUGCAGACCAGAUAGUGGAAGUAGGAACUGUUUUGUUACAAGAUUUCAUCUACGAGCGAGUUCAGCGGCAUGGAAAUGGAAACACUGCAGUGACCAGGGCACAGCUGGGUGGAGGAGAGCUCGACCCUAAACACAAGAAGCUUGCCCAGUGCCUGCAGCAGAUUGGCGAUGAGCUGGAUGGAAAUGUAGAGCUUCAAAGGAUGAUAGAUGACUCCCAGCUCAGUCCCUCAAAAGAUAUUUUUAUGAAAGUUGCCAUUGAGAUCUUUGCAGAUGGAAAAUUCAACUGGGGCAGGGUUGUUGCACUGUUCUACUUUGCCUGUCGACUCGUCAUCAAAGCUCUGGUGACCAAACUUCCUGACAUCAUCAGAACAAUAAUCAGCUGGACUAUGGACUACCUUCAGGAAAAUGUGAUCAACUGGAUCAGGGAGCAAGGUGGCUGGGAGGGUAUUCGGUCCCACUUUGGCACGCCCACAUGGCAGACAUUGGGAGUUUUCUUGGCCGGUGUUCUCACCACUGUUCUAGUGAUUCGCAAAUUGUGAGGGAUAUGUGAAGAGAAGAAUGGAAAGAAUCGCCCGUGAGGAAUGGGGACGGGAACACGAAAGAACGUCUGAAAGCAUACAGAAAGAAGUUAUGGCAGUGAACAAGUCGAACAGGACGAGCUUGUAUUUAGACACGAAGGGCAUCUCUUUGUUUCUGCCCCCUUUCAUUUCCAAGGAUUUGGAGUAAGACAGUAAGCACUUUCUCACCCGUAAUCCUAAUGCCAUUGAGGAAGUGAGCGGAGCAUGAUGCACAAAAUGGGGAGGUGAAAAUGUUGUCAGGACUUAAACAGGGAAUGCAUUUUAUGUAAUUUAUUUUUUAUUCGGUACAGACAAGAAAUGUGACUGCUUCUGUUUUUUUCUGCCCUUAAAGAUAUAUGGACUAAAAAUGUUAUUUUACGUUUUGCUAAAUUUCCUUCGGUUUUAUUUUUUGUUCCACUCGGAUUGUUUAUCUUUUUAUUUUCCCACUCGCCAUCCACCUCAUCAUGGUCUCUGUAUGCUAGAGAAUCAGUCUUCAUAUGCAUUUGUGAGUGUUAACCGGUGCUAAUCUGCUACGAUCUGCUGGAAAGUUUUAUAUUCACAUCGGGUAAAAAUAUGUUUUUGCAAACAAUUAUUAGAUAAUAUAAAAAAAUUACACAUCCAAUAAUAUUUGGGCUAAAAUUACCAUGAUUGUUCCCCUGAAAUGUUGAGCGCAAAACUCCUAUCUUCUGUAACAUUCAAUCAUAUGAUAUGCUCCAUUUGGGUCUUUCAACCAGCAUUGUGACCUAAUGUGCCACAUCUCGUGAACAUUUCCUGAGGCCUAUUAAAUAUGUUGCACUGCAGACACAGAAAGUGCUGGAUGCUCACAGAUGCUUACCUCAUGUCACACAUAUUCAAAAGUACUGUACGUUUACUUGAGAUAUUCAGACAACAAUCUUAUCUACAGAGCAAAACGUUUUUUUAUACAUACUUCUUGUUUGUCAGUGCCUUGGUGUUUGGCUUUUCUUUUUUUUACUCUGAAAUCACUUUGAUAUUCUCAAUUUUUCACGUUUUUCUAUUACAUUUGUAAAGCUGAAAUUAGUUUCCAGUCCUCCCUGCAAAUCUUUUUGCUUGUCUGUUGUAAUAUGGAAAAUAAAUCUUUUAACUCUU